UGUUUUUUACCAUAGCAUUAUAGUUUUAUAAUUGGCAACACUUUUCAUCAAAAGUGUCAGCUGUCGUUUCACUUGGUUGUCAAGUUACAUGCGCUUAACAGUUUGUUGCGUUCAAAAGUAAAUAUUUUGUUUAUGAUUUGAAGAAAGAUAACAAAGAAAUCUGCAAGAAAUUGACAAUGCCGUUUUUAUUUAAAAAGAAAAAUAAACGACGUGAAAUCCCUAAAGAUGUAAUUUUGCGUGCAUUGGAAGAGGUUUCUAAAGGAGGAAAAAUUAAAACUACUGCGAUUAAAUAUGAUAUACCCAGGUCUAACCUUCAAAGAUACAUAAAACAGGGUGGCGCUGUGAAAGAUACUUCUUGUAAAUAUAUAUCAUCCCAAAUAUUCACAAAAGAUGAAGAAGAAAAAAUUUCAGAAUAUUUUGUAACAUUGUUUAAACUUAACCAUGGCAUGUCAAAACUGAAAGCACGCGAAUUAGUAUACGAAUAUGCCACUGCCAUUAAUAAAAAAAUACCAGACAACUGGAUAGAGAAGAAACUUGCAUCGAAAGAUUGGCUAAGGGGAUUUUUUAAAAGACAACCUCAGCUUUCGAUAAGGACCCCAGAAGCUACUAGUCUCUCACGUGCCACAAGUUUCAAUAAGAAAAAUGUUAGAGAUUUUUUUGAAAAUCUUAAAACUGUAUAUGAACGACAUCGUUUUGGCCCUGAGUCUAUUUACAAUAUAGAUGAAACUGGAUUAUCAACAGUACAACGAACCCAGAAAGUGAUUGCUCUCAGAGGCACUAAGCAAGUUGGGCAAGUAACGUCAGCUGAAAGAGGGACACUUGUAACUGUUUGCUGCGGCAUUAAUGCAUUGGGUAACUCAAUACCACCCUUUUUCAUAUUCCCACGAGUUAUUUUCAAAACAUAUAUGUUAAAUGAUGCACCUGUUGGUUCAAAUGGAGCAGCACAUCCUUCAGGGUGGAUGACAGCAUCAAGUUUUUUAAAAUAUAUACACCAUUUUAAAAAAUACGCAAAACCAACGCCUUCAUCACCAGUUCUAUUGCUGCUGGACAAUCACGAGAGCCAUAUUUCUGUACCAGUUCUCGAUUUUUGUAUAGAAUCAGGCAUUGUUUUAAUAACUUUUCCACCGCACUGCAGCCAUAAACUGCAACCCCUAGACCUGACUGUCUAUGGACCACUCAAAACUUAUUAUAACACCGCUGUAACAGAUUGGAUGGUGAGCAAUCCUGGCAAAACAGUAACAAUUUAUGAAAUCCCAAAAUUAGCAGCAAAGGCCAUCCCACUUGCAUUCAAGUUGCAAAAUAUACAAACGGGAUUUGAAAAAUCUGGCAUUUGGCCAUUCAAUUCAAACAUUUUCUCUGAUGAAGAUUUCGUUUGUUCUUCUAUAACUGAUCGCUACUUGCCGGGAGAGAAUAAUGUUGCUACAGAAAAAUCGAUUUCAGACCAACCUAUCAUGGAACAGCCUUCAACAGAAGAAAAUCUGAGACUAGAAGAUCGUACUAGUUCAAAUGUGGAAGUCACUGGGCCAUCUCAACUUGAAUCUCUAUCUAAAAGCCAGACUAGUGGCACUGUCAAUGUAACACCUGAUUUAGUAAGACCAUAUCCGAAAGCCGGCCCCAGGAAAUUGGGUGGCAUGAAACGGAAGAAAGGAAAAACUAGAAUAUUGACAGACACACCCGAGAAAAGACUUAUAGAAAUUGAAGAAAAAAAAAAACAAAGAAAAAAUAAGAUCAAAGAGCUCAACAAAAAUCGAAAAUGCUCUAAAAAUGAGAAAAACAGGAAGAUUAGUAGUGAUGAUGAAAUAAAAAAUGUUUCCGAUUCUGACGAAGCCUUUGUUGAAAUCGAUUCAUCAAAAGAAGAUUUUGAUGUAGACGAUGUGAUUGUUCUGGAUAGAAAUUUCCAGGUUAAUAACUUUGUGUUGGUUAAAUUUGACACCAAAAAAACUGUUUAUCAUUAUGUUGGAAUUGUCGAAGAGGUUAAUCACUCCAUGGCAACUGUCAAAUUCAUGAGAGCGAGUAAGAUAAGAAAUACGUUUAUGUUUCCUGACAUCGAGGACGUAGCCAGUGUCCCUCUGGAGGAUAUAAAGACAAAAUUGCCUACACCAUCAACAUGGAUAAAACGUGGCAGCUUAAAAUAUAAAUUUGACAAGCCUCUUUGGGUCAUACCAAAUAUAAGAUAAGUCUUAUUAGGUCCAACAUUGUGGAGUAUUGAUUCCAAGUAACAUUGUUUAAUCUUUUGUAAAGUCUAUGAUAUGAAAAAAUGUUUGUGUUACAA